UUCUCGAAAGCCAAACAGCGACAAACGCAUUCGUGCCUCCUUGUGUUAGUCUUGGUGUUGUUUAAAAAACGCAGUGUUUGGCUAGAGAGAAAGAACUUUUACUACGUUUUGAUUGCUCGAUUUACCAUUGCGCGUGUAUUAUAUGCCAUGUCUAUCUUGGAAUCCGGGCUUAGUAUGGAAAAGACAGUGACUGAAGAGUGGAGUCACCUGCCGUCACAGUUUCGUGAAGGACCAGAGGGCCUCGUUAUGAUUGAUCUGAGUUACCUGAUGGAGGAGGAGAGGGAGAUGAUUUUGAUGGUACUGAAAAGGGAUGCGGACCUGAAGAAAGCUGAGGAGCAUCGGAUCGGAGAACUGGAGAGGCUGCAGGACAAGAGCCAGCUGAAGUUCCUGACCGGACAGUGGUUUUAUGAGGUCAGGUCACAUAGACACAGGAUCCAAGGGUCUGAAAUUAUUAAGGCCUCUCUGAGACGGCGGAAGCCAGCAGCAGCGCCCUUUAUAGCUGAAUCCACACAGCUGGAGAAACCCUGCUCAACCUCCAGUGGAAAGCAGGACACCACCUUCUCAGCAGGGCCUUCUCAAAUUACAGAGAGAGCUUUUGUAGAUUCCCAACGGGAACUUUUCAUUACGCUGCCGGUUUUCCAGCAAGAAAGAGCAAACCAUGGAGUCAAGCAAAGAAGCAACCCGUUCAACACAGCAUUAAUGGGACCAGAAGUAUUUCAGGAGUCAGAGAGCAAGAAAACCAUUGCUAUGGAUCCACUCAAGUCAUCUGAAGGGGGUCAACAUGACUAUCAACCUGAACCCCACGCCUAUCUUGCACCCUCCCAUUCGUCCCUGGCACACGAGGGAUCCGAGGCUGCAUUAGAGAGUCAGGAAAUAACAGAAGAAGGAGAAUCCGUUCUGAAAGUCCUCGAGUGGUUCAGUAGAAGCUCGGAUAAUGAUGACAAAGAGAUCAAGCUAACAGAGGAAUCAAAGUACCCUAAAGAUGUCAGCACAACCUCUAAUGGGUGUGUUUCCAUUGAGGUCUUGUCACAGAAGCGGCAGGAACAGGAGUUAAGUGAAUCUGGUAACACAGAAGACAAGGAUAUCGUUCCUGGAGUACGUCUGGAUGAAAUGCAGAUUCCUGAAAGUAACAAUGGAUAUGACUCUGAGUCCUUUGGGAUGUAUCUACCACUUCAAAGACGUUUUAUAUCUACGGUAGAAAUACAGACAGGGAUACAAAGGGAAAGUGAAAGAAUUAUGCCCAACAUACAACAAAAUGCUGAACUAAAUGAACAAAAAGUAUUGGAGAGCUGGCAUGACGUGAAGCCAAUAGAGGCACAAGAUGAGAAAUUACCCCGGAUAGUUUCCAAGAUGAAGUCAUUCUGGGAAAAAGGAAACGGUGUGGAAGUUCUGAACAGUGGGUCAGGUGAAGAACUGAAAAAGGAAGAGACAGAAAUCAGCCAAACUGAUGUGUGCAGAAAUAACAGUGAGACUGCUGUGUACUUGGGUGAGGACGCCACUCUAUCCAUAGGCGAUAAUCUUCAUGAAACAUACGAUCUUUAUGGCGUAUAUAAAACACACACCUUCCAUUCAGCUACCCCUGAUUUUCAAAGUGGCGAACAACUUGUUGCUAUAGAAGACAAUAUCAAACAUGAGGGUGUGACAGAUAAUUCUGGAGGCGCCAGUGCUGCUCGUAAAUCUGAAGAUGCUAAAUAUGAAAGUAGUUACUUACUGGAUAGUCACAAUGAUCAAGAAAUUAGCUCUGCUACUCAAUACGUCAUGAAAGACUGGAUGAAAUAUGCAGAGCUCCCUGUUAGCACACAUGAGCAGCAGACAACUCAACUGCAGCAGAUAGAAGGAGGGCCCAACCAAACUAACCUCAGUGCUAGUCAGGUUGGACAGUUAAAAUCCAUGUGGCAAAAUGAAGUGAGGGUACCCAAAAUCGCUGACAACUCAAAAGAGGUUUUUGAAAUUAAGCUGACCAAACCUGCAGUGGAAAGUUCUACAGAUAAAUCAUUUGCCAACUCUACACUUGAUCUGAAGAGGAUGGAAACAGAAUUAAGCAGCGAGCAUGUGCGGGCAACAUCUUCUCCACUCAGACAAAAUCCCAAAUUCACAGUACUUUCAAUGAGGGAGAGAAUGGAAAGACUGCAGGAAAACUCUCCAGUCGAUUCGCAGUUCAAAAACACCCGAGACUUCUGGCUUGCCUCUAGCUUGCCUGAUCCACAGUAUCCCGCUGCUGAAGCACAACUGACCAGUCCAAAGAGGUUCCACUCGGAAGGUGCUGAGCCACAGGGUCUUGUGCAGUGGAGAGGGACAUUCCCUGCAGUGGAGUCCAAGACGUUCGUAAGUCAAAAUGACCACCUUCAGGCUCUACCCUUAGAUUCAGGAAAAACUCACGCUAGGCAGUUAAGUGGUGAAAAUAAGGAGUUAAAUAUCUUCAUGAAUAUACCAUCAUCCAAGAGGGAAAUUCAAGACAAGGAUCAGCCUCUUUUAAUCUCUCUGGUUGGUGAGGGACAGGAAGUGGGCUCAAGCCCUUUGGGUGAAACCAAAAUUGCCACAUCAGAAUCGCCACAUUGGCUCUCUACAGAUGAUGGGCAGGGAAAGACGUCCUUAGCACAAGUCUCAGUAGAUGAGGUAGUUGAAUCACAGUCCAUAAUUAUCCUGGAAGAAAAGGGAACCCCCAUUAAGCCAGCUAGAUGGAACCUGCGAAGCUUGGAUGAAAGACCCAACGCUCCACAGAAAAGUACAGUCAUGUAUCUCGAAAAGUUACAAAAGGAAAAGCAACCAGACUCCCCUGUGGAUGUUUUGAAAUAUGAGGAAAACCAGAUUGCAAAACCGACUUUCUAUAAAGAGGGCGACUACAGAAAGCCUUUGUCUUUGGAAGAGAUUGAGGUCUUGGGAAUUUCAGAGAAGGAAAAUCUUUCUGAAUUGGGGAAAGCUGAAUGCCAGAGCGAUACCAAGCUCCUAGCAGAGUCGAAAGACCAAGCUAUUGGCUUCAUGGGCUCACAGAUGACGAAGAGUAGUAGUGAUGAAGGGCAAUGGAACCCCGCCCAGCAUGUUGCAGAGGGCGAUGAGCUCGGGAUGACUUUCAGAACCAGCAGCCCCGAAGUAGUGUCUCUCAUUUGGACAAGUCCAGUCAGGGAGACAGAAACGUCCUCGGUGCCGAGUCUGAAAUCUGAACCUGCAGAAUCACCUGUUAGACUUAUCGCCUCAUAUAAAAGUGUUGAAGACUUAACCUUAGGCACUACAGGAGAGGAAGAGAAGAGAAAUGUUGAUGGAAGCAAGUCAUUUGCUGUGUAUGACGUCUCCACAGGGCCAUUUGUUCCCAAGUCCUCCUUUGCAGAGCUUGACAAGUUGAAGAAUCUAAGCGUCUCAGUACCUGACUUCCUACUGGACGAGAGCCCGGAAAGUGGCAGUGACUCUACCUAUGCGUCAAGCUUCCAUGGCAGGAUGGGCAGGUCCCUCACCAGCCUGAGUUCCUCAUCUGACUUCGCAUCAGUGUCCUCUGUGAGUGAGAGUGUGGUGAGCCUCUACAGUGGAGACUUCGUUGCAGUGGAGGUCAAAGGGACCAUACAGUUUUCCAUCAGCUAUGAGCAGAAGUUGAAGGAGCUCCACAUCUUCAUCGUCCAGUGUGGAGACCUGGCAAUCGCAGACCAAAAGAAACACCGCACUGACCCAUAUGUAAAAAGUUACCUCUUACCGGACAAAGCAAAGAUGGGAAAGAGGAAAACGUCAGUGAAGAAGAAAACACUAAAUCCAACUUUCAAUGAACUUCUUAGGUACCGAGCUGGUCUGGCCCUCAUCCAAACUCAGACACUCAAUCUCUCUGUGUGGCACAAUGACACUUUUGGACGGAACAGCUUCCUUGGCGAAGUCGAUAUAGACUUAUCCACAUGGGACUUCAGAAGCACACCGAUGAAUAAUAUGACCCUGAAACCAAGGAUCACUUCCAAACUGCAGCCUUCGGAUUACAGAGGAGAGAUGACAUUGGCUGUUCGCUUCCUGCCCGAGAUCGCUCACAGUCAAGAGACACAUUCCACGAUGUCUGCUCACACUUCCAAUAUUCAAGUAUCCAACAGUGGUGAAGUACACAUCUGGGUGAAAGAAUGCAAGAACCUACCCAUCGUCAGGGGUUCGACUGUGGACCCAUUUGUUAAAUGUUUUAUAUUUCCAGAUACUAGCAGAAGGAGCCGCCAGAAGACCAGGGUAUUGAAGAGGACGGCGAAUCCCGCGUUUAACCACACCAUGGUGAUCGACGGCUUCCAGGAGGGUGACUUGCGAGAAGCCUGCGCUGAGCUCACAGUCUGGGACCAUGACCGACUUUCUAACCACUUCCUGGGAGGCCUGAGACUGAGCCUGGGUUCAGGUAAAAGCUACGGGAGUGUGGUGAACUGGAUGGACUCAAGUGCCGAUGAGUCAAAGUUGUGGAAACGAAUGAUGGAAUCUCCCAGUGAAUGGGUGGAGGAAACCCUGCCGCUGAGAGGGGUGACACCAGUGAAACAUACCUGGAAAAAAUGA